AUGUUCUCCGCUAGGUUUGACGGUGGUGAGACAGAACGCAAAUUUCGAGAUGUGCAUCGUAUAUUGCAACAAUAUGAGUACGAUGUUCUCAUGGUGAGUUCUGAUCACGGUGACGACUCUGGAGUGCUGACGAGGAAAUACUUGCAUCGGCUGAAACAAGAGGAUGGAGUUAUGUUGGCCGUAUGCACUCCGCACUAUGGUGAAGUGACUGCUUCGAAGUUCUCCAGCAACUUUGAGCUUGGAUAUGCCAUGGAUAAUUGCAUCAAAGUGCUGCCACUCCAAACGCAUGACCAAUUUCCACCGCGUCCGCCGGCCGGACCUGAGCAUGCGUUUGACAAAGACAGAAUUGCACAAGGUUACAUCAGUGCCGUGUUCAUGGCCAGUGUUGCGCGACUAGAUUGCCUAGAUUGCCGGAGCAUCUCCGAUGAAGAAAUCGCUUUGCACAUCGCCACGUGCUUGCAGACCGAAGGAGAUGGCUUUGUGACUUUGAGGUUCAACGGGAUGCGUACUCCGCCUCAACCGCCUGCUGAUUUCAGUGUCGCUCCGCCUCAACCACUGCCUGCUGAGCUGUUCAGAGCCCCUAGCAAAGUUGGAUGUGAGCGCGCAUAG